CGAUACUUGCACGUGCACGCACACGCGCCCACGUGUCGCUAUUCUUUGUGCUCAUUCUUUCCUAGCUACCGCGAGAACCCAUCUUCUUUUUAUGCCGUCCGCUGGCGUUUGAAGUUCGAGCCUCCGAGCAUUUCGUUAUAUAGGCGUCGGGCGAAGCGCGCGCCGCGCAGUUACUGUGUCACUGGAGCCCGCGCGAGAGGUGGCCUGCAAGGACUGUACCGCGCCGCCAACCUUUUUUUCUGUGCGUGCGAUGUUUUCACUUUCGUCAUUUUGACCGGGCCAGUUUGAUUUGACGUCGCUCGCGCACGGACGUGCCUAGGACCGGACGUUGUGAUUAUCCUGUGAUCGCUGGUGCUUCGGAUUGUUUUUGUUUUUUUUUUAUUGUAUAUUAUUUUGUGAAAGAAAUGGCUGUGAUGCAGUGAUAAUAUGUUCGAUAGUAACAUACUUUUGAAUUUCUACAAUGAGAUUGCGAAUAGAAGUGCACUACAGUUGGCAAGUGCUGGAAUGAUGGGCGAGGGCCUGCUGACACUCACGUACGGCAAGCACCACGCCUGCAUCCUUAACGAGGUGGGCGCGGCGUGGCGCGGCGCCCGUUACUCCGACCUGGUGUUGGUGUGUGACGACGCUGUGCCGCUGGCUGCCCACCGCAUUGUCAUGGCCGCUGCUAGUCCCUUGAUAAGGAAAAUCCUCGAUGACACACCAUCCAUAGAGAAUCCAGUCACAAUUCACAUGUCCGGCAUUAAUAGCACCCUUAUGAGACAUUUACUUGUUUUCUUAUACAGUGGACAAGCUUACAUUGAGUCUGGAGAAAUCGAUGACAUGCAAGAAUUAUUUGAACUGUUGGAAAUCAAAUCGGAUGUGUGGAAAUCGACAAAAGAAAGACAACAAGCAGAAGAAAGAAAUAGAUCAUCUGACCGAUUAAAAGGCAAAAAUCUGAAAACGGACAUUAAUAGUAACGAAAGCAGUAAACAUGACGCGCCGUCAGGAUCCUCACUCUCAGAAAGUGAAAGAGUUACGCCAGGAGCAGGUUACAGUAAGGAUAAGGAACGGGGAGAAUCGGAAUCUUUGAGUAUAAAAAAAGAAAGUAUGUCAACAAGCAGUAAUGAUGAAAGGGAAGAAGAUGAUCCAGAUGGUGAAAAAAGAGAUAAGGAAUGCGGUCGAGUUUCUUCACGCAGACGAAGCUCUUCUAAUCCGGUCAAUUUAUCACUAGCCAGGAACUCGGAAAACACAAGCAGCGAACACGACGAUUCACAGGACCUUGAUGUCGAAACAGUUGCAGCAAAGAAUAUCGGAAGAAGACGAUCUACGUCUUCAAGUCAAGAAGAUCAACCUCGGGAAACGGUAUACCGACGACAGUUGUUAAGUGAUCGAUUAGGCAGAGGUAUUGAAAGAGCAAAGAGAAAAUCACAUUAUUUGGAACCACCAGAACUGGACUUGAGAACUGUAAAGCUAGAAGAUUAUGGACACCUUAAAACCUCUGAUAAUGAAUUUAUGGCUCUUGUUCAAACGUCACCGGAGAAUUAUGUAGUUACACCACACAGAAAAAGAAGAACUGGAUUUCAUAAUUCACCAUCACAGAAUCCUCCAUUUGUUUCAUUCCCUCCUAGCUAUCUUGAAGAAAUGGCCCACUUGCGAUAUGCCCAAGGACCUGGUGUUGCAGCGGGUGUUGCCCGUCUGGGAGCAUUGCAUCAGCUUAGUGCUUCAGCUCCUCCAUAUUUGCCAGAAAGAAGCGCUACACCUCCAGCGACAGUACAUGAAGACGCACUCAAAUAUCGACCCCCGAGUGCGGGAUCAUGGGGUCCUUGGCUCUGUCAACCACAAAUGGGAGGAGAUGAAGCACCAUCCACGGAACACGAACAAGGUUCGAGUAAACAAGCGCCUGUCCGGGAAUACCGUUGCGAAUAUUGUGGAAAACAAUUUGGUAUGUCAUGGAAUCUCAAGACUCAUUUGAGAGUUCAUACAGGAGAAAAACCAUUUGCUUGUCGUCUCUGUGUCGCCAUGUUCAAACAGAAGGCUCAUUUGCUUAAACAUUUAUGUUCAGUACAUAGGAAUGUGAUAUCAUCGAGCGAAAAUGAUGGUCGAACGAAUACCCCGGGGCGAUUUAAUUGCUGUUUCUGUCAAUUAACGUUUGAAGCAUUACCAGAAUUAAUAAGACAUCUUUCAGGACCACAUAAUAGCCUUCUUUUAAGUAAAAAUUUGCAUGAAUGACGUCAGUCCACGUGACGCGUAAAUACGCGUUUUAUUGGACAUUGAAACUUCUCUCUACUCGGGAGCUCAAUUGUGAUAUGUGUUUAAAAUGGAUAUAAUUUGCUAAGUGUUUAGUUGUAAGUACGUUAUCGCAGAGCGAUAUUCAUAGUAAGGCAUUCGCAGAAACAGAACACUGCGAGUGUGAUAUAAAUUUUUAAUUUAAAAUCAUGUUUGCCGAAUGGGUCCAAAUUGUUAUAAUUUGUUUAAAAAUUAUAAUCCGGGACCAAUACCUUCCGAGAUAGUAUUUAUUUGAAAGAUGUAUUUUCAUUAGCAUAAAUAUUAUUUAAAAGCCACCGACACAUUAAUUCCUUAAGAAUAGAAAAUAGAUGUGAGUGUCAGUGAAAAGUUGCGAAGAUUGUACAGCCUUUAUCAUAGGAACGUCACGUGAACUACCUCCUAAUUUAAAUCAGUGUUUUAUGAAAAUACCGGUGGAGCGGUUUAACAACAUUGACUUUAUACACCGUAAGAUUGUAAAAAAGUAUGCAGUCGAUGUAUCUAGUCAGAAUUGGAACUUAGAAUUAAACAAAUCAGUGUGUUGUUCAUUCACUCUACAAGGUACAAAUUGUAUAAUAGUUAUCGUCCAAAAAGAAAAAUCUAAACUGUUUGUCACUUACGAGUAUGCUUAGAUUAAAGAGAACAGAAACUGGUAUCUAAUAAUUGAGUAAAAUGGUUAUCUAUUCAUGUAUAACUUCAACUUUGUUCCAAUUGUAAAUCUGACUUGGCGUUUCGCAGCUUUUCGGACAUUUCAAAAUCUCAUUAUUAGUUUUUUAUUACUUACGUAAUUUCUAACGAUAGAAAUAAUGUGUUCGUAAUAUUAAAUUUGACUAUGCCUUCAAAUAGUUCGUGCCGUUUUAUUUUCAAUGUGGAUGAACACCAAAGAUUUAUAAAGCAUUGAUGUUGUUUUGGUGUAUACAAUUAAGAGAAAUUAUAGGGACCUGAAUUGAUUUCGACGUGUUAAACUUAACGUAACAUAUUUAGGUACCAAUUUAAUAAUCUCACGACUGUAAUUAAUAAAUUUUCUUAAUAACUAAUGUAUCUCUUCUACAAACACUUCAGUAAUUCCACUGCGAGCUGUUAUACGAGCUUGAUAACUAAUUUUUUGAUUUUUUUAUACUAUCUUAGUAUUAAUUUUAAUGCUGACUCAGCAUUAUGUUCAAAUUAAAAUAUUUUACGUCUUAUCUUUACUUUAAGCUUCGUUUACAAUCUUUAAAGAUUUCUUUAGAGCGCACUAGUAUUGUGGCCAGUUAUUUUUAAACUGAUAUUUUAGUUAAAACUGUGUGGUUGAUAUAUUUUUAUACUUGGGUCUAUCUUUUACUUUUCUUCCGAUACUAAUGUCGAAAACCAUAAUUGAUAUGUCGCUUUAAUAUUGGCUAAAAGCUACAAUUGCCUUAAAUUCAAUUAGAAUUAGUUUCGAUUUAAUUACGAAGCAAUAAGGAUGUGUUUCAAGUUUAGUACCUAUAAAGUAGCAUUUGUAAUACUCAUUUUUAUACACAAAAAUAAGGUACAUUAUUUUUUAUUUUCACGUUUUUUAUAUAUCGCAGGAUCAUUUUCAUCGUAACAAACGAGUCUUCGUAUUUCAAUAAAAACUAAAGUUACCAGAAAAUUGUUCAAAACCUAGUUUAAUUGACAUUGUUGUCGAAUCGCUUUAAAGAUUUCCAUGUAAUUGUUACCUAUCGUUAUACCUGAUAUUUUUUAUAUUAUGUGUUUUGUUUUUAUUGACGUAAUUUUGUAAUUGGGGAACAACAUAAUCAUAAGGAUUGUGAUUUUGAUUCGUUAGAUGUAUGUGAUAAUUGUCUGUUAUUAUUGUAUAAGACGAACAGAGAACGCAGUCUUCCAACGCGUUUUCCAUAUUUUCGAUUUUUAUAUGUAAAUAUUUAGUUCUAAGUACUGCAUGACAAAAUCGUCCGUAAAACAAAUCGCUGCCGUUCAUACGUAAAACGUUUACUCGAACAAAUUGUCUAUAUAUUUUUUUUUACUACAUUUUAAAAUAUUUCCAUAGAAUAUAAGAUUGUUGUGAUAUUCCGGAAUAGAUCCGGCGAUGCCUUAAACAAUGCAACUUAUACUCGUCAAAUAUCUUUCUUAAAGAAGUGCAAAUAUUAAGAAAUGCAAAUAUGUCUUCUUUUAUUAUAUUAUCUAUAAAAGACGUUGUAACUUUUGCGUAACAUAAAAAUUGCAUAAUUUAAUUGAACUAUUUAUACAAAUUGUUGUCUUAACUCCUUAAUUUCUCUUUUAUAAUCCUAGUUAUCAAGGAAAAGGGUCAUUAAAAAUAUUUAAAAGAUAACGCCUAUUUGAUAUAAAUAUAAAAAGUUUAAUUGUCGAUUCUUCCAUUUUUAAAUGUAAUACAAAAUGUUUUUUAAUUGCUAUCGGAAUGUUUUAUCUAGAACAUGACUUAGACUAUAAUGUACAUACGUAUUCUAAUGAGGGAAGAAGCUUAACUUAAUAUUGUUGAACUUGAAUAUAGAUUGUCUCCGUUAAUUGUAAAUUAUAAAAUAGUCUUUAAGUUUUCACAUAGUGUACAAUUUUUUGUAGAUAUUAUUUAGAAUAUUAACAUUCUGUAAAAAUGUGUUCUUACCCUAGUAAAUUAAAUAACGAGAAUAUUUUAGUUACACA